UCGUCAUUUCAUGUUGACAAAGUGUUGGAGUGUUUCCAAACGUUACCAUGGAUAGAAUAAUCAAAGGAAUCAUGCAAUAUAGAAAAUGCCAUAGAGAUGGAAUGGUGAAACAAUUUCAAAAAGUACGAGAUCAUCCCGAGCCAAAGGCAGUAUUCUUUACCUGCAUGGACUCCCGGAUGAUCCCAACUAGAUUUACGGAAACGAACGUUGGGGACAUGUUUGUCGUCAGGAACGCUGGUAACGUUGUCCCUCAUUCUCAACAUUUCCCGGACGAGCUAACGAUGUGCGAGCCUGCAGCUUUAGAGCUUGGCUGCGUGGUGAACAGCAUAAGGCACGUUAUAGUUUGCGGACACAGCGACUGCAAAGCAAUGAAUUUAUUGUACGCUCUGCGAGACGAGGAAUUUGCUUCUAAGGCGAACAGGAGGAUAUCGCCGUUAAGAGCGUGGCUAUGCGCACACGCUAGCAGUAGUUUAGCCAAGUUUCAACAGCUCGAAGUCACUGGUUUCCGUCAGCCAAUAGUCUUCCAAGCCGAGACACCGAUGAGGAAGUUUGUAGCUUACAUCGACCCUGAAGAUAAAUUCUCUAUAGAGGAUAAACUGUCUCAAGUAAACACGUUGCAACAAUUGCAAAACGUAGCUUCGUACGGUUUUUUAAAGAAACGACUAGAAAGGCAUGAUCUACACAUUCACGCGCUGUGGUUCGACAUCUAUACAGGUGACAUUUAUUAUUUCAGUAGAGCGAACAAAAGAUUCGUCGAUAUAAGCGAAUUAACGGAGACACCUUUGCUAACUGAAAUUAAAAAAUAUUACUCUUAAGUCACUUUACUCUGAAACGGUGUCAUUUCUACGUACGGAGAAAUCUCAUAAUUUUGUGGAUUAAGACUGAGCAUCACGAAUACGAUGAAUUCUUUAAGAAUGUUCAAACGUAUUAUAGCCGGCGGGUUAGUUACUCGUUCAAUUGAAGACCAUAUAAUGUACCUGGAUGUGAAAGUAAGUAGCGAAUUCCCUUCCCCCCUUUUUAUUAAGAUUCGUAUUACAAACUUGUUUGCACAAAACAAACCACCGCGAUGCUGUCGGAAGUAUUUAAAAUAAGAAGUCUCGGUGCAAGUCAUUUAUCAUUAUUUAUAUACAAAUGGUUACGUAGCGUGUGUUCAUGACAUAGAACGCGUGGAAGGAACUAGUUCUUUCUUAUUACAUUAAGUAGCAUUAAGUGAAAAUGUUAUUUUUGGAACUAUAUUAA